AGCCACAUCUUUCUCUUCUUCAAUUUUGGGACGAUCAACUCGUCGUUUUCCGCAGGGUCUGCCGACUGCUUUCUUGAUAUCUCACCAAAGGCCGCCACACUUUGGCUGACACCUUCCAGGUGCUGGUAGUAUUUUCUGGCGGUGUCGGCCCCAUGCGUCAUGUGGGUGGCCACUGUUCUUAUUGUGGCGUCUGUUGCACCCUCUGCUGCCACCUGCGUCGAGGGUAGUCGGGAAAUCUUUAGAGAGUGCCUUGAGAUCGUCAGAUAGUCCUCAGCUGGGGCCGGGCGGUGCUUCUCGGCAUAUCUGGACACCAUAUGGUGCUGUCUUUCUGGAACAACCAGGUUCGCACUGCCAAACUGCCCACUUGU